GUUUGAUCUCCUAUCACUACCUUUCAGUCGCCAUACAGACACAAAACCAGCCUAGGAUGGCCGUCAAGGAGAAGAAGCGCAAAGCAUCUGCUCAAGAUGGAGAGAGGCCAGCCAAAAAGGCCCAGACCAACACGGUCAAAGUCAAGCAUGUUUCCGGCGCUGACGAUGCCCAACCAGUCGUAGCACACUCGCCUGGCGUAUUCCUCCCUUCUGACCUCAACUUUGACGCCUACUCCAAGAAGGGCUCCGGACGAUCGUCGCUCCUCCUUCACUCCUCGUCGCACCCGACAAUCGACCACCUCGCAACCGAAAGCAAGACGACCUCUGUCGCCGACAAACACACCAAGCACUACAUCGCUGUCUUUGACCCCUCGAGUAACAAACUGAGCGUGAUCCCGGCGAAGAAAAUGACCGUGCGAAGCAGCGUCCGCCAGGCCGCACCCGACGAAUCCGCAGACACGUCCGACGCAGAAGCCCAACUUUCCCAACCGGCGUCUUCCUCUCGGGCCGCGUUGACCGAAGCCUUCGGUACCAAGAAGUCGCGAAAGGCCGUGGCGUCGAUGGCCGAAAACCGACUCCUUGCGAGAGCAGAAGACGACGACCCUCUCUCGACCGCCAUCCUCUCGUCCAUCAAAGAAGAAGACGCCCCCGUGUUAUCGGCGGCGGCGGACCGGUCUAACAAACCUCUCCCGCCCGCCGACCUCACCACGGACGAGAUCAAGGAUGUCUACCCUCUGUCCGUGCUUGUGCAUCCGGGCCCGGCUCACACAACCCUGUCCCAGAUGCGCAUCCAACCAUGGAUCGACCGUAUUUCGGCCUCGAAAGAAAUCAACUCGCGGUUCCGAUACGUGGCUCACCGGGUGAAACCCUUGACGGCUUUGCACAUCGACCAGCAAAACGAACACACGCUCCUCCCGCUCCAGCUUUUGCACUACAUCACCAUCCUCCUCGAACUGUACGUCUACGUAUCCCGCCUCCCUCCGCGCCGGACGAUCCCACAACCGGAGAAGUGGCCAGAGUCCACCAUUUCCGACACGCACCUGGGUUCGGCCUUUCUCUCGAAGCUUCUACAUGCCUUCUUCCCGAACUCGCUGCCGACGGCACACGCACGCACGCUGCUCACCACCACCAUACUCGCCUUGACCCUGCACAUCCCGCCGCCAAAGUGGACGCCGGGCGCAGACGUCAACGUCCUCGUCACCGAGCCGAGCGACAUUGGUCUCGACCUGGCCCUUCAACCGGCCGAAGUCGGCAAAUACUACCGCGAGCUGGGGUGCCGCAUGGAGACGUUGACGGACAACGAACUCACCAAGUACGGUUGGGAAAAGGUGGGCAAGGGCAAGAAGGCGACGGACGAGGAUGGUGCCGGUGGUGUGAAGAAGCCACGGUUCGCCAAGUUGAGGUUCCCUGUCGAGUUUCCAAAGAUCAGUGCAGGAAGACCAAGUAGGAGAUGAGGAGGUAGAGAGAUUGAGGUUGAAACAGAACCGGGUGUAAAUCUCUCGUCGGUCAAACAGCGCUGUCGUUGUCAUGUCGGAAAAUGCAAGAACAUACCUAGUCACCGAGUGUACUACCGAGUACUUUUAAAAUCUCGCGACCCUUUUGUCAGGUACUGGACAAAAAGAAAGGAACUCCAGUCAAACUGUAAUGACUACCUCUAGUACCUGAGGUACAGAGAGACAGACGAAACAAACUGUAGACGGUGGAAUGUCGGCCGGUAGGACAACAAACUCUGGAGACACAGCGAUCUCUUCUACACUUUACACUACACUGGCGAAGAAUGAAUCAACAUAGGUAGAAUGAUAAAUAGCCGAUGCACAAAGGUUUUUCUGUACUUGGCGAUAUAUAUUGUCUUCUCAUUGCUGUCUUGUCCGCAACAG